AUGCCUCCCCGCGACAUUCCUCAAGACACCAACAGCUCCGACACCAACAAGGAUUGCACAGCAUGGGAUAGCGAGCUCCUCAAAGGCGUGCUUAUCUGCUCAGGCAUCGCCGUCGUUCUCUUCGUGAUACUCUGUGAGGUACUGGUGUACCGCCACAAAGAGAAGCAAGGACGAGUCCAGGCUGAGCAACAGGUCAAACAUUUGACCGAACACUACGAGGGCAUCAUCGCACUCCAGGAGUCCACCAUCGCGAUCUACGUCAACCAAUGGGGACAACUCCCGCAGCAUCUUAUCGACGGAGAGGAGAGAAACCCCGGCAGACACACGGAUCCCGGCGUGCCUGUGGCCUCCGGAUCUCAACCUCCCAGGGCUUACGUUCGGUGGAACGCUCACCAAGGCGUGGACGAGCGUGAGAGAGGUUCUAACAUGCGCUGUGCUAACGGCGGUGGUAGUAGUGACAGAUUGCCCCCGCUCUCCUUCCAGAACCGUUCUGUUCCCGAAAACGCCAGGCCUGGGGUCAGAACACUUCCGGACGGCUCUGACACAUUCGUGGUCAGCGUUCCAGACGACGUCUCUGACGAUUACUCUGCAGACGGAGGUCCCAGUAGCAGCAGUCGUUAUGAUAGACAGCGCGAUGGCCAAGUUAGUCCCGUCUCGAGCAAUGCGAGUGUGAGAAACGACCACGACCUCUCCGCCUCCGUUUCAAGCGGGCGUUCACUCACCCAUGGGCGUCGCGACUUGACACGAGAUCAGCGGAUGUAG